UCCAACCCCUGUCUUUCUCUAAAUUUUGGAGACCGAGUGUGGGAGAAGACGAAGAGUAGAGGGGGAGGAGAUUGGCAUCUGUGAGAAAAGCCCGAUUGCAGCAGAAGACAGGGCUACUGAGGUUUACAGAACCAGCCACUUGGCCCCAGGAACUGAAAUUUGCAAUCUAAGCUGUAGCCCAGGGAUCCUCAGCCCCUGUCCCAGUAUCUCUUCCACCAGCUGUAGCCCAGGGGCCACCACCUGUCUCUAAGCUAAGAGUCAUCCCUGUUCCAGUUUGGGGGGCUUCAGAAGCCAACAACAAGCCCCCACCUGCUCCUGAUGAGGAGCCUAGCUCAUCUCCAGCCACGGUCCCUCACAUGUUGCCACGGUCCCUCACAUGUUGCUAGGACUACAGUACUACAGUACUACAGACCCCUGGGUGUGGCUUCAGUGGAAGCUCCCAGCAGCAGCCAUCAUGGUUCUCCUGCUCAUGUCUGUGACUGUGCUGCAUCUGCUCACUCUGGCCAUGCUGUUCAUCGCUACCAUGGAGAAGUCCUGGUGGGUCUGGACCGAUGCUGAGAUCACAGACCUCUGGUAUAACUGCAUUCAUGAUAACGCAACGGGAAACUGGCUGUGUGCUGCCUCCAAUGAAAAUGACUGGUUGCAGGCUGUCCAAGCCCUGAUGGUCUUCUCUGUGGUCUUCUCCUCUAUCUCCUUCCUGGUCUUCCUGGGUCAGCUCUUCACCUUGUCUAAAGUCGGGCUUUUCUAUUUCACAGGCCUUUGUCAGGUCUUCGCAGGUUUCACAUCAUUUGCCGCCUCGCUCAUCUUCACGUUCCACCGUAAGGAAAUCCUGGAGGACUCUAGAGACCUAAGCAUGGGUCACUUUGGCUACUGCUUCAUCCUGGCAUGGUCCUGUGUACCCCUCCUGCUCUUCAGUGGAGUUCUGUAUGUCCACCUGCGCAAGAGGCAGUGAGCCAAGACAGACGUGAGGUCAAUCAGCAGCAUCAUUCAAUAUUACUUGGUACUGUUAUCCUGUUAUCACUCGACUGUGGUGAACAACAACAGAGACGCAAUGUGCGAUGAAAGAGAGGUCUUUAUUUUCUCUGUAAUAGAUUUCCAAUGGGAUUUACAUACACUACAUGACCAAAAGUAUGUGGACACCUGCUCAUCGAACACCUCAUUCCAAAAUCAUGGGCAUUAAUAUGGAGUUGCCCCCCCCCCCCUU